AAUAAAAAUUAGGAAGGCAUCUCAAACAGGUUAAAAAAAGAGAGAAAAAAAUAUUCUGUCACUCUCCCAGGAAGAAGUGAAAAAGGCAAAAUUUGAUUAGAAAUAUUCGCUUUCUUAGGCUGGCAAUCGGAAAACGGCUGUCGUUUGUUUCUAUCCCAUAGCAAGAAUCCAUCCCUCUUCUUUUUUUUUUUUUUCCUGGUUAAUUAAAAUUGUCCUCAUACAUUUAAUUGCGUAAUUGCUUCAGAUAAUAAAUAAGUUUCCAAUUCUUAACCCCCAACGUUAGAAUUCGAGACACACAAAAGAUUUUAGCCGUUUUUUUUAAUUCUUGUUUUUGAUUAAUGGCUGCGAGUGCGAAUCCAACGGGGAAUAAUCAGGAAGGUUCGUCGAACCAGAAGGUAACGGCUCCUCCUCCACCAACUAAUGGUGUUUCCGUCAAUUCGAACAACAGCGGGGGCAAUACCUGUGCAGCCGCCGUCUCGGCUGAUUCGCAGUCCGCGUUGAGGCACAACCCUGGCAUCUCCGUCGACUGGACUCCCUAUGAACAAUCGAUUCUCGAAGAUUUACUUGCCAAGUAUGCAUCUGAUUCAACCAUAGUUCGCUAUGCUAAGAUCGCAAUGCAGUUGAAGGACAAAACAGUCCGGGAUGUGGCACUGCGUUGUAGAUGGAUGACGAAAAAGGAAAAUGGCAAACGAAGGAAAGAGGAUCAUAAUUCAUCAAGGAAAAAUAAAGACAGAAGAGAAAAGGGUACGGACUCUUCUGCAAAGUCUACAUCUCAUUUAACAACUAGGCCUAAUGGACCUUCAUAUGCACUGCCAAUGAUCCCUACGGACAACGAUGAUGGCAUCCCAUGCAAAGCCAUCGCUGGUGUGACAGGAGAGCUGCUUGAACAAAAUGCUCAAAUGUUUGAUCAAAUUUCAGCAAAUUUUUCAGCUUUCCAGAUACAUGAUAAUAUAAAUCUGUUAUGCAAAACCCGGGACAAUAUCCUUACCAUGUUGAAUGACUUGAAUGACAUGCCAGAGGUAAUGAAACAAAUGCCUCCACUUCCGGUCAAGGUAAAUGAAGAACUGGCCAAUUCCAUCCUUCCUCCGUCAUCCCAUCUGGUGAAAUCAUGAUUCACGGCUUACUGCUGAUACAUCUGACCAUUUGUCUCGAGCUAGGAAUUCUCAAUGAUUCAAAUCUGAAAAGGAGAAGAAGAAAAAAGGAAAAAAAGAGGAAUAAACUGGUCAGUUGAUCAAGUUGUUUUGUCAAUUUAAAAUUGUUUUCUAAGUGUCUGCUAUUUCUGAUAAAUUAGAACGCAACAAAGUUCCAUUU